UUAAAAAGUCUGCCACUGAUGAUAUACAGAUGUGGGAAUGACUGUGGGAGUGUGUGGAUGGAAUCUGGAGGAAACUUAUCUUGUUAAGGAAAAAAGAAAGACGCAUUCCACAAAAGAAGAGAGGAACACGUAUUUUUAAACAAUCUUCUGCCAAAGGACUCCAUGGAUCUUGUCCAGUUUCUAAUCCUCUGCAUUUGUGCUGUAAAUGCAGUUGUUUCUGAAUGUCCAAAUCAUUGCAGGUGCAAUGAAACCGUGGUUUUCUGUACUGGAUAUACAAUAACAGAUUUUCCAUCCCCCAUUCCCCCAAAUACAAGGUCUCUAGAGAUUACCCGUACUAACAUCACCUCACUUGAACCGGAACAUUUUGAUGCAUUCUCUGAGACUCUCGCAGUGUUGACCAUAACUGAUGCAAGAAUAACGGAGGUGCAACCUCACACCUUUAACCAGACACACAGCUUAACCAGCUUAACACUUUCAGCAACCAAGCUAUCUUCUUUACCCCCAUCCCUCCUUACUCCUCUUCAAAACCUGAAAAUCUUAAACCUGAGGAAAAAUAUGCUGACUUCUAUUCCAGAGGAGGCGUUUCAGGGUCUGACUCGCCUAGUGACCCUCAUAUUGCAGGAAAACAACAUCACAAAUCUGCACCCAGGGACCUUCCGAGGACUUCGAAGUCUAAAGGUCUUGUCCCUAAAACAGAACAAAUUGGAGGUGAUUCCAGGUGAUAUCUUUGACCACCUGGUGAAUCUGAACGACUUGCAUCUGCAGAACAAUGUCCUCACACAGAUACCUGCUGAACUUUUCACCAGUCAGAAGAAGCUGAAAAAGCUUUACCUCUCAAACAAUUUGCUAACUGUUCUUCCUGAAGGUAUCUUCCUGAACUUGCCUAAUCUACAAUAUAUUUCACUUUUCAACAACCAGCUGCACACACUGUCUCCCAACACCUUCGGCCCAAUGCCCUUGCUCCAGGAGCUAUGGCUGUAUGACAAUAAGUUAACUCGCCUCGAGGACAACGUGUUCAGCAGUUUGACUCAGUUAAAACUUCUAGUGAUCAGCAGGAACCAGAUCUCGUACAUCUCCCCUGGUGCCUUCAAUGGAUUGAUUGGGCUGAAAGAAAUUUCUUUACAAACUAACAACCUGACGAGCCUUGAGGAAGGAGUGUUUAGAGGUCUUCCUAUUUUGGCUAACAUAUCACUGAGAAACAACCAGAUUCAGCGCCUUCCUGGAAAGCUUCUUGAUGGUCUCUCUCACUUAACCACAGUGGAGCUUCAAAAUAACUCUCUACUCUAUUUACCAGAAGACCUUUUAAUUUCGCUAACCAACGCGCAAAAUCUAGUGCUGUCUCAAAAUCCCUGGAGGUGCGACCAUCAAAUUUUACCCUUUCGAGACUGGCUAGUAAAGCACCAAGAUAAAGUACCCAGUGCCUCCAGCAUCAAGUGCUUCACUCCCUCCUGGUUGAUGAACAGCAGUAUUUUAAACCUUCAAAAUGAUCAGUUACUAAAACCUUCCCAAAUUUCUCCUACUCUUCUGUCUUUAUACUCCUCCACCCCCGUACCUGCAGAUCACACCACAUCUGUCUGGGAGAACAAAGACCAUACAGAUGAUCGAUGGAAAACACACACACUCAUUAUUGCUUUGGUUUGUGCUGCAGUUUUUGUGACUAUCAGCCUCUGUGCUGUUUGCUGGUUCAGAAACAAACGACGGGGCAGUCAAAAUAUAAACUAGUGACCUUUUAAGGGUGUAAAUUAUAAGAGCGGGAAUUUCAGCACAGGAAAUUCAAAUAACGAGGUAGAAGUUUCAAGAAGCCAGUGGCAGAAAAGACAAGUACCUAAGUACCAGAAUUUAAAAGUCUGUGGUCUUAAUUCCAGAAGGUAGAUUUAUUAAAAAAUAAAUAAAUAAAUAAAAAUCAAUCAGUUCCACAGAAUUUCUCAGAUUCACAGUUUGUGCCUGGUCUUUUAUACACUAUUUCAUCACUUUAAUAACACCCAUUUCUCUAUUUCUAUUAUUAUCAUCAACUUCUCAUUCACCACCAAUAUAUUCUACCCAAACUGGUGAAGAAAGAGAGAAAGCGUCAGUUGUUCCACCAAAAUAAUAAAUCUCACAUGUUCUGGCAUGAUUUUAUCCAUGAUCUUGACCAGAAGAUAACACACUGUAUAUGGACAGAAUAAUAUUAGACAAACCAAUCAUCAGCACUGAGUUUCAGUAUUAAAAAUAAAAAAUAAAAUCAUUCAAAUGAUUCACAAAAACAAUUAAUUAAUUAUUUCUCUGUAUUUUAAUUCAUCUAAUCUAAUGGUAAGAUUCACCAAUUCACAAAAAGUUACCCAUGUGAUGCACUGCUUUAAAAAAAUGUUGCCAUUUGUAUCACAAUGCAUCAUUUUUAACAUAAUUACUUCUGUAAAAACCGAUUUAUGUCUUUAUAAUGAUUAGUAGGUGUGUUAUAUUUUUAUUAUAUAGAAAGUGAACAAUAAUUUGUGACCAAUAUUUCAUAUGUAGGAUGAUUUCUCGUCGCUAAACUGUUUCUGGAGCGUGUUCUCUCAGCGCUGCUGCUGCUAUGUGAAUAUGACGUAUCACAACAUUGUGAAAACCGAGGCGUGCACUGAGAGUUACAUAGAAUACAGAUUAACAUGGCAGAAGUAGAGCUGUAACCUCCUGGAGACAGAACAGGAAAAGAACAUCUGGUUUUAUUUCAUCUUUUUCUUUUGAUUUUAUUUUGCACUACAAAGGCCUGUUUGUAAAAGGGUCAUGUGCUAGAAGUCUAGAAGUCAGAAGGCACUUAAGUAAAUGUAUGAUUUGCUGUUUGUACGAAAAAAGGGGAAAAAAGCAUACUAUAUUUAUCUUUCCUAAAUUGCAUAGCAUCAUAAUCUUUUUUUCAUUGCAUCAUGUUGCAUUGAAUUGAAUCUAAAUCGGAUCGCACUGCAUUGUAAAAGGGGUGAAUCGUAUCGCAUCCUAUCAGUAGCUGCUUUAUAUAAAUAUCUUUAAUGUAUUGUAUUGUUGGCUAUGCAUCGAGAUGUGACUUGCAUUGGCCUAAUUUACGAAGAUGGACAACCCUACUAUAUGGGUUUAGCAUUUAAAGAUUAAGGACCUUGCUCAAGGGCCCAGCAGUGGCAGCUUGUUGGUGCUGGAAUUUGAUCUCACAACCUUCUGAUCCAAAGUCUAACACAUGAACCACUGAGCCACCUUUUCCCAUUAUACUCUUGAAAGCCCAAUCACCUUUCCUUUUACAUUAUUCUUUUCAUCUUCAGGUUCUUGCUGGAACGUUGCCACAUUCUUACAUUCUGUAAUCAGUUUGGAAUUCACUACUGUGGAAAACAUUCUUCUAAUGACUUCUAACUUUCAGGGUCAUGUCAAAGGAGAACUGAAAUACACUACUCUUUCACUUUGACUGGCACCAGUAUUCAAGUUCCAGAUUUCUCGUCUCUACCAUAGUCUCAUUUACAGUGUAUUAUUUGCUGAGGGUUUGUUUUUUGGUGUCAUAAUUUUAGCCAUUGCUUUUGGAUUUUUCACAAUUUAAAUCCACACAAACAUUCGCUUGCCUAUGAAAUAUGUGACACUAAUAAAUACUAUAUGGACAAAAGUUUGUAGAUACCUGACCAUAAGAUUGGUAUGGGAUUUGUGGAGAUUCUGGAGAUUCUUUCAGCCACGAGGGUAUUAGUUAAGUCAGGUACAGAUGUACAUGAGGUGAGGAGGCCUGGGGUGCAGUCAACAUGAAUUCAUUUCAAAGGUGUUCAAUAGGGUUGGAGUUCAAUAUCUUCCACUCCAACCCAUAUGUUUAAGGAGCUGGCUUUGUGCAUGGGUGGAAUGUCAUGCUGGAAAGGGUUUGGGUCUCCUAGUUUGAGGAAAAGAAACAUUUUAUUCUACCAAAUCCCUCCACAAGCAUCAUGUACAAUUGUGUGGCUCCAACUUGGUGGAAACAGUUUGGGGAAGAACCACAUGAGUGGAAAAGUCAGGUGUCCCAAUACGUUUGUCCAUAGAGUGUAGCUGUAAUAUACAUUAGUUUUAUAUUCUUGUUAUCAUAAGUGCAUGUACUGUGAAAGUCAUCACACAUAUCGCCAUGUCUUACAAAAACCAAACAAUACACCAAAACAGCUGUAAUAUUAAAAGAUAUAAUCAGCUGAAAUUUACGAUUUCAGUAUUUUUGUUCAAAAACCUUAAACACCAUUGUAAUAAAUCAUUAAUUGGAUGACUAUAGGUAACAGUAUUUGUUGUGUACUUCCUUUUUUUUGUGUUCUUUUGGUUGUAAAUACUUCUUUGUAUUUGAGUGUGCAGUAUAUUGUAUCAUUGCAGCUUUUCCUCUUUGAGCCUGAUUAUUGCCGGUCAGCUGGUUAAAAUUAUUUUCUAUUUCCUAAAAUAAAGUUCUCAUGAUUCA